GGCCAGCCGCGGGGGCCCCGCCACACCAGCAGCCUGCCCUGCCUCCCCCUGUUCCGCCAUGGAGAAGUACGAGGUGCUGGAGCAGCUCCAGCCUGGGGCCCUGGGCACGAUGCUGGUAGCUGAAUUGAAAACGGAAAAGGGUGUGGAGAAGAAAUACAUAAUAAAGCAGGUGCAGUGCAUUAAAGAAAAGCAAGCAAAUGAGGCCUUGAAGGAGGCAAUGAAUUUGCUAAACCUUCAUCACUCAAACAUCUGUACUUACAAGGAAUCGUUUGUGACGUGGGAUAAUAAGGUGUCAUGUCUGUUCCUUUAUCUGGUAAUGCAGCACUCAGGCCAAAGAGAUCUUUCAUCUGUCAUCAAGGAAAAAAGGCAGAAGUUGGAAAAAAUAACAGACAUGGUGAUUCUGAAGUUCCUGGGACAGAUGGUGGAUGCUUUGUUUUAUAUACACAAACAAAAUAUUUUCCACAGAAAUCUCAAGCCGUCAAACAUACUUGUGACUGGUGAAGCAUCCUUCAUGCUUAGCGACUUCAGUACAGAAACACUUAUGACAGAUGAGAUGAAAUGGAAAAUAAGAGUGGAAGAAAAUAGCAAGUCUUGGAUGGCUCCAGAAACAUUCGAUUUUAUUUUUACUGAGAAAUCUGACAUCUGGUCUCUAGGUUGUAUUCUACUUGACAUGAUGACCUGCUUUAUUCUGAAUGGAGAAGAGAUAACUUCAUUACUGCAGGAUAUUAGACAGGAUACAAGCCAUCUUGAGGGGGUUCAGACAGGAAUGCAGAAUGGAGAUAACAGCUCUUUGACUUUAUUUCCAGUUUUAUUUAUGAUGCUACAGAUUCAGCCCAGCAUGAGAGCCACAGCAGAAGAUCUGACUGAUGUUCCGUUUAUCAGGGACUACCUGACUGCUGCUGGUGCACCUUCAGUAAAACUGAAAGCGUCUUUGCCUCCCAAAAUAGUAGAUGUGCUCCUUGAGGGAGGAAUUGAAAAUGUCCUAGAAAUCAUGCAGGCUUUCUGGCAUAUAGAAUUAGUACAAGUGAAAGCCAUUCAGCACCUCACCAGCUUCAUAAGAGAUAAAAGUGCCUCUCCCUAUCUGCUAAUGGUCACAGAAUUGAUCACUUUUGCCAUGAAGACUCAUGUAGAUUCUCUCAAGUUACAAGUAGACGGUUGCAGUUUAUUGCUUGAAAUUCUUAAUCCAGCUCUAGAACUGGAUAUGAUGAUGGUCCUGGAUGAGAAUUCGAUCAGCUCUCUAUUAGACACAGUGAGAAAACACUCUGACAGUGAAGAGUUACUUUCAUUGUUCUGCACGUUACUGAUGACGCUUUCAGCCAGCGAAGUCAUUGCAGAGAAUCUGUGGGAACUUGGAGUAAUUCCAGACCUUCUGUCAAUUUUAAGAAAUUUUAUUCAUAAUGAAAAUAUCUGCCUCCCUUGCUGUGGGGUGCUCUGGAGCUUGGCUGUGAGUGAGACUAACAUAGACCGUGCAUUCCUGGCAAGAGCUGUCCCUGUUGUCUUUGAGGUCCUUCAAGAGCACAUCCAGAACGGAGCCAUUGCAGAGUCUGCUUGCUCGGCUCUAUGGGCACUGUCACUCCAAGGUUGCUUAACUGAAAAUGAGUAUGAGCCCACAACAGCACUUCUGCUGGAUGCGCUCAGGAUGAACCCAGGAAGACCAGUGCUGGUGAAGAAUGCCUGCCUGGCACUAGCAAGCCUUCUAAGGUUAUCUGGGCUGGAAGAGGAAAUAGUGAAACUGGAGGUGGGAAUUUGUUUUCUUCCCAUGGACCCAGCAUGCGUGUAUGAGAAGUAUUGGAUCAGCACAAGCUGGUCUGUUAGUAACUUGAGAGUGUUUUGUUACUUAUGAUGAAAUUGCUUCAACUGUAUAAAAGGGUAAAACUGAAUCAAUAUGAAAAUGGUAAACGCUAAAAUACCGCUUUGCCAUUGCAUGAUGGUGUCAGCUGCCUACGUGGUCUGCUAGCUGUUCCCAAAUACGCUUCAGAAUAGCUUUUAGGAAGUCUGAAAAUAAAGGGCAUGACUUUCUGGAAAAAUAUCACACAUGUGCUAGCUGGAACAGGGGGACUGGAAAGCAGGCAAUGCAGCCUGCAGCUACCGAGUAGCCUAGCAGUGUUUGUUUCCCUUUCAGAAACAGCAGCUUUGAGACUUGUAAUGGAUUCAAAAGGCAGUGGAAUAAACCUGAUCAAAGAUGCCUACUGCCUUCACUUUGAUGAUCCAGAAGCAGUGGAAAAUAUCUGUAUACUGAUUAAUGAGAUGAUUCAGUA